CUGCAGACUAGGCCAGGCCAUGCGCGAUCGAUGGUAUGCGCAGCUAAAAAGGCCUAGUACCGUACCGGUACAUAAGUCGCAAGUUAGAUCUGGUGGUGAUGGCCCUAAAUUCUUAAAAUACAACGGACAGAAGAAAGCGUUGAGGUCCACUACCUACGACAAGAAUCACAAGAUCCCAUCGAACAAGAAUAGUUGCUGAUUUUUUAUAGACUUUGUGGUCGAAGAAUUACCAAAAGAAGCUGCAUAAUAAGAGUAAGAGACUGUGUCAUUUGAUCUGGUCCCACACGUUGAUAUAUUCGUUCGAGGAAAAUGAUUAUAUACUUGGUGAACUAUUGAGCUUGCUUGCCUGAAUGGUCAACUCAUUGCUGAACAGAGUGCAAGUUUUUCUCCGCUGGAAGUACUCGUACUUUUGGCGCGUAAUUAUUGGAAUGAAUUCUCCUGCCGGCAUAGAAGAUAUCAAGAUUCUGUAUAAAAGUAAGAACUUUGUUGUAGUGGACAAGCAUUAUGAUGUGAAGAUAAACAGUAAUGACCCCAAGGAUGCGAUCACAGUAGCUACCCAACUCGCUCGUCUUCAUCCAGAGCUGGUAGAUGAAAGUCUGCCUCAUAGUUUCAGAUUCAUACACAGACUUGACUAUUCUACUAGUGGAGCUCUGUGUAUUGCACUCAAUAAGAAUGCUGCAGCCAUCGCUAUGAAGUAUUUCAAGGACCGGAGAGUCACUAAGGAAUAUCUUGCACUAAUACUGAAGUUUGCUUUGCUAAAGGUUCAGGAAAGAAAUAGAUUAAUGGAAUUUGAACGUUGUAACAAGACUGUAUACGCCUGUUUUCCAAUGGCGGCGGCGACAAGUGAGGUGGAGUCAUCAAUAUUGAAAUCUUAACCAAGAUUAAGUUCUUGAAAUAUC